AUGUCGUUCGGAGGCCAGACCCCGACCAUUAUCGUCCUGAAAGAGGGAACCGAUACCUCUCAGGGCAAGGGUCAGAUUAUCUCCAACAUCAACGCAUGCUUGGCUGUCCAGGCCACCAUCAAGUCUACUCUCGGUCCCUAUGGCGGCGAUCUGUUGAUGGUCGACGCCAACGGCAAACAGACCAUCACCAACGAUGGUGCUACUGUCAUGAAGGUCAGGAAGAACGAUGCGGGCAGCAUGAUGGAGCUCCUGGACAUUGUCCACCCCGCAGCUCGAAUCCUCGUCGACAUUGCGAGAUCACAAGAUGCCGAAGUCGGUGACGGCACAACAUCCGUCGUCGUCCUGGCCGGAGAGAUCCUCAAGGAGAUCAAGGAGCACGUCGAGCAGGGCGUCAGCUCCCAGGUCAUUAUCAAGGGUCUGAGAAGAGCGUCCAUGAUGGCGGUCAACAAGGUCAAGGAGAUCGCGAUCGAUACCAACGAGGGCAACAGGAGGGAAACACUCAGCAAGCUGGCCGCCACCGCCAUGACGAGCAAGCUGAUUAAGCGCAACACAGAAUUCUUCACAAAGAUGGUUGUCGACGCCGUCCUUUCCCUCGACCAAGACGAUCUUAACGAGAAGUUGAUCGGCGUCAAGAAGAUUCCCGGCGGUUCCCUCACCGACUCCCUCUUCGUCAACGGUGUCGCCUUCAAGAAGACCUUCUCCUACGCCGGUUUCGAGCAACAACCCAAGUCUUUCCAGAAGCCCAAGAUUGUGUGCCUGAACGUCGAGUUGGAGCUCAAGGCCGAGAAGGACAACGCCGAGGUGCGCGUCGAGCAGGUGUCGGAUUACCAGGCCGUCGUCGAUGCGGAGUGGCAGAUUAUCUACAGAAAGUUGGAGGCUAUCUACAAGACCGGUGCCAAGGUCGUUCUCAGCAAGCUGCCCAUUGGUGACUUGGCUACCCAGUUCUUCGCCGACCGCGACGUCUUCUGCGCUGGCCGUGUUGCCGCCCAGGAUAUGGAGCGCGUGGUCCAGGCUACCGGCGCAACUGUUCAGUCAACGUGCUCUGACAUCCUGGCCGAGCACCUCGGUACCUGCGGCAGCUUCGAGGAGCGCCAGAUUGGUGGCGAGCGCUUCAACUUCUUCGAGGGCUGCCCCGAGGCCAAGACCUGCACACUCAUGCUGCGUGGCGGUGCUGAGCAGUUCAUCGCCGAGGUCGAGCGUUCGCUGCACGACGCCAUCAUGAUCGUCAAGCGCGCCAUCAAGAACCACACCAUUGUCGGUGGUGGUGGUGCCACCGAGAUGGAGGUCUCCGCUUACCUCCACCGCUUCGCCGACAAGAACAUCCCCCACAAGCAACAAGCCAUCAUCAAGAGCUUCGCCAAGGCUCUCGAGAUCAUCCCCCGCCAGCUCUGCGACAACGCCGGCUUCGAUGCGACCGACAUCCUCAACAAGCUGCGCGUGGAGCACCGCAAGGGCAACACAUGGUCUGGUGUCGACUUCAACAACGAGGGCGUCACCGACAUGAUGGAGCGCUUCGUCUGGGAGCCCGCGCUGGUCAAGAUCAACGCCAUCCAGGCCGCCACCGAGGCCAGUUGCCUCAUCCUCGGCGUCGACGAGACCAUCCGCAACGAGGAGAGCGCCGCGCCUCAGGCACCCGGCCAGGCCCUGCCCCCUGGUGCCGCCCAGCGCGCCCUGAGAGGUAGAGGCCGGGGCAUGCCUCGCCGGUAA